AUGCACUUCUCCGCCAUUGUUGUAGCAGUCAUCUGUGCUUCCAGCCCUCUGGUGGCCGGCCACGCCGCCAUCAUCGGUGCUCAGGGUGAUGCUGGCGGAAAUGGAUCUGCCAUUGGAAUUGUUGGCAGCACACCUCGUGAUGGCACCAGGCGUAACCCUUUCCAGGCCGAUGCUACCCGUUUCCGAGGCGAUGCUGCAGACACCUGCGGGGAGACCAUUGGAGCAGGUACCAACGACGUCGAGUCGGGUACUCAGCAGGUCCUUGCUGCCUCUGGCAACACCCUGCCCCAAGUCAGCCCCGGUGGCCAGCUCCAAAUGACGCUUCACCAAGUCAACUCUGACGGUGCCGGCCCCUACACCUGCAUGAUCGACCCCACCGGCACCGGCACGCAGUGGACACAGAUCAACGUUGCUCAGAACGUCCCCGGCAGCCGAAGGGGCCGUAACAGAGACGGCGAGGCCACCGACUUUUCUCUCGUCGCCGACAUGCCCGCCGGUAUGAGUUGCACUGGCACGGUUGCUGGACAGACGAAUGUCUGUAUGGUCCGCUGUCAGAAUCCUGCUCGCGCGGGUCCGUUUGGAGGAUGCGUGCCUGUCCAGCAGUCCGGCGCCGGCGCUAACAAUGCUGCUGCAACUCCUGCUGCCGGCGGUGCUGCCGGCAUUGCCACUCCUGCUGCCGGUGCCGGCACUGCUGGUACUGCUGGCACUGCCGGCAACACUGGUACUGCCGGUUCUGCCAAUGCUGGCACUGCUGGUUCUGCCAAUGCUGGCACUGCUGGUUCUGCCAAUGCUGGCACUGCCGGCACUGCCGGUACUGCCGGUUCUGCCGGGCUUAGUGCUGGUGCCACAACUGGUACUAAUAAUGCAUUUGGCCAGUCCGCUGCUGGAGCGGCUGACUCAGCUGCCGCUGAUGCUCAGGAGGAAGAGGAAGAGGAAGAAGACGAGGACGAGGAGGAUAGGAAGAAGGCAAGAUCUGAGCAGAGUACUUCUGGUCAAGCCGACUCGGCCGCUGCCGAUGCCGCCGACCGUGAGAAUGAAGCUGAAGACGAGGCGGAGGAUAGGGCCGUCAAGGUGAUCCAGCGCCGCGUCAAGAUCAACUUGGUUGCCUGA